UCUCCUACUCCAAACAGUUUUCCUUGACAGGUCUCAACACGUGAAUUAAUUCAGGUUAAGGCUCUAGUUAACGAUUUUCAACUUAUUUUAGUAAUAGUAUACUAAUAAAUGAAAUGUCGGACGCUGGUGUGUGUAAAAUAAAACCAGAAUUUGUUCUGCCCGAACAUACAAGAGAAUUGAAUCUUGACUGUGUCUCUGAUAGAGAUAAACGUAAAUUAGAUGACACUGAUAUAUCAAAUGGAGCAGAAGAUGGUCCUGAUGAAAAGAAAUCAAAGUAUAAUCAGAAAAAGUUGAAGGGACAGAACAAAGCAAGAAAACACACUCAUAAAGCUGAUUAUUCCAAUGAAGCCUGUAAUUAUUUGCUUACAUCGUUGGAAACAGGUGUAGCACAAGAAUGCAAAAGACCAAAAUGUCCAAAGAUACAUGAAAUAUCAGAGUAUAUGAAAGUAAGACCAGCAGAUAUUGGAGAUAAUUGUCAUGUGUUCAACACUUUUGGUUACUGCAAUAGAGGAAUUGCUUGUCGAUUUGCUAAGUGCCAUCUUGAUCAGGAGGGUAAUAACAUUAAAGAUGAGGAAAAGAUGAAGAUAUUUGACAUACAAAAGCAAACAUCCAAUGCAGCCAGUUUGGAUUUACUUUUUGCAUUGAGAAGAAAGAAAUACAACUUUGAUUUGAGUGAGAAGUUAGUUCAACAUCACGAUAAACUCAAAAAAAGAAACCAAACCAAUGGUAUUACUAAUACUACAGAAUCCAAAGAAGAAACAGCGACUGAACAAUCUGCAGGAUCAGGUGUGGUCACUGAUGAAGAUGUCAUUGCUCUGCUUGAAAGAGAAAAGAAAAAGAUUUGCUUCAAAGAUAAGUUAUAUUUAUCUCCAUUGACAACUGUAGGAAAUCUGCCAUUUAGAAGAAUUUGUAAGGAAUUUGGCGUUGAUAUCACUUGUGGUGAGAUGGCAAUGGCCAAGAGUAUACUUCAAGGCUCAACACCUGAGUGGGCUCUAGUUAAACGCCAUCACACCGAAGAUUUAUUCGGCGUGCAAAUCUGCGGCAACAAUCCGCAUAUGCUCACGAAAUGUGCUCAGGUCCUCGAUCAGGAGUGUAAUAUUGACUUUGUUGACUUAAACUUAGGUUGUCCUAUAGAUUUAGUUUACCGUGAAGGUGGUGGUUGCGCGUUGUUACACCGCACGCGAAUUCUCGAACUCUGCGUGCGGAAUUUAAACAAAAUUAUGAAAAUUCCGCUUACGAUUAAAACGCGCACUGGGGUUUAUUCGAAAGAAAACGUUGCGCAUAACUUGGUGCCACAGUUUAAAGAAUGGGGUGUAUCAGCAGUUACAAUUCAUGGUAGGUCUAGAGAGCAGAGAUAUACGCGUUCUGCCGAUUGGCAAUAUGUUCAGCAAUGUGCUGAAGCCGCUGGUGAUAUGCCUCUCUUUGGAAAUGGCGAUAUUAUGAGUUAUGAAGAUUAUAAAUUAGCAAAAGAAACUGCCCCGGCAAUUUCUGGUGUGAUGAUUGGCCGUGGCGCGUUGAUUAAACCGUGGAUUUUCAACGAAAUCAAAGAGCAGAAAGUUUGGGAUAUUAGCAGUAGUGAACGAUUUGAUCUUUUAAAGAAAUAUGUUAACUACGGUUUGGAACAUUGGGGUUCUGAUAAUAGAGGCGUUGAGAAUACUCGUCGCUUCCUAUUGGAAUGGUUGUCAUUUUUAUAUAGGUAUGUUCCUGUGGGUUUGUUAGAAUGCCCACCACAGAAAAUCAACGAUAGACCGCCAUAUUACAAAGGUAGAGAUGAUAUGGAAACUUUAAUGGCAAGUUCAGCCGCUACUGAUUGGAUUAAAAUCAGUGAAAUGCUGCUGGGGCCUGUACCAGACAAUUUUCAAUUUCUACCGAAGCACAAAGCUAAUUCUUAUAAAUAAAGACUUGACUGUUAACAUUG